CGUCCGUUGCAGUGCUUUCCUUUAAAUUCAUAUGUAGUCGAUAAGAUGUAUAGUGGUGACGUCAAUUUGACGUUAGCAUUCUUUUUAACUUUGAGCUGCAAGUGAACAGACGUGUAAUUACAAUACAGAGAGAAUAUGUUGAGAAGAGGUACCAGGAAGCGUACAGCAUCAGCGAGAGCUGGAUUAAGAAGGACCCCGGUGGUGUCGAAGGGAGUUUCGUCACGGGCGUCAGUACAAUCAUCGACGGUUACAAGGCCUGAGGCUAUCUACACAACUUCUGGACAUGACGGCGCUGCCAUACCAACAACUGCAACAACAGUAUCAACUACAAGAAUGUUGAUGCCAACAUUUUCUAGAAAUCAGGACAACUCCGUCCACAUCCCGGACAUGUUACCAUGGCAACCAAGACGACCAAUAGACCCCCAGCCAACUGUUGAUAACACACAGUUUAUGUCACAAACAGGUAAUGUGUCCAAUAAUGAUUAUGUACAAAUUCCCAAUAGAAUUGAAAGUGUUCAUGAGAAUCUAGGCAUAAAUGUAACACAGUCAAUUAAAGAAAAAAUAUUGAAAGGGGAAUUCAUAGAUUUAGCUUGUCUAUUAAAAAAUUCAGUCAACACGGUUUCUGACAAACAAAAGUUGACAUGGGCUCAAGGGGAAUUCAUUUUACAACCCAUUUCUCAACAAUCAAAAAUUACAAAUAUUGAAAAGUGGACAGAUGCUUUCAUCAUUUUUAUUUAUAUUUAUUGUGGUGUGCACGUAAACCGAUUUAAGGAAUUGUUAAAGUACAUGCACACAAUUCGCCUUGGGGCUCAAAGAAACCAAGGUAUGGGUUGGAAAAAUUACGAUGAGCAAUAUAGACUAAGAAAAGCUCAUGAACCAUCCAGUUUAUGGAGUAAUAUAGACAAUGAACUUUGGUUGUUAUAUAUGCAACCAGUGAAUGUUGAAUAAAAAGAUUACACACAAGUAAAAGGACUUAGAAUCAGUAGUGGGUUUGAUGGCUUUCUGUUCAAGGGCGAUUACUUCGUCUAGGGUUUUCCUUCGCAGGUUUCAUGAUGUCAUAGGACAUAGGGUUUAUAAAAAAGCCCUUUUAUUCAAUUAGAAUAAUAAUGAUCUCAGAGAAGAUGCAAAAAUUAGGCUGAUUUUUCUGGAACAUUUUAACGGAGAUUGUUAUCUAUCAGAAAACACGUGGAUAACAAAUGAAACGCUGCAUUUGUACACUGACAGCUGUGGUAACUCUGAUUUUGGUUGUGGUGCAUAUUUUGAUGGUAAAUGGGCACAAUAUAAAUGGCCGGAAGCAUGGUCAAAUAUGCCAAUCAUGAAGGACAUUACUUUUUUAGAGUUAGUUCCAAUUGUUUUAGCUAUGUUUAUAUGGGCAUCAAAUUUCCAAAAUCGAAAGAUUUUAUUUCGAAUUGACAAUAUGGCAUUAGUUAGCAUUGUCAAUAAAAGAACUGCCAAGUCGAAGCGUGUGGUGGCAUUUAUUCGACCCCUUGUUCUUUUUACAAUGCAGCAAAAUAUUCAGUUUGAAGCACAACAUAUUGAUGGUUGUAAAAAUGAAAUUGCAGACUCGAUUUCUCGUUUUCAGUUAAAGAGAUUCCGGGAACUAGCAUCCGGGGCCGAGUCGGUUCCAGAAAACAACCCAGAAGAGUUCAGAGAUUGAUAUUGAGUUUGAAACAAACAGAUUAAUUAAUUGUUCGCUUG